AUGAUAGAAUUUAUAGGCGAAAUCAAACUUCAUGGUUUAUGUUUUAUGCCAACCAAUCAAGAACAAGUUAUUAUGUAUGCAACAAUCGCAUUAAAACAUCAGAAAUAUCGUCAAAGUAUCACAGGAUUCUUAACAGAUUGUUAUCAAAUAAUGUUUAUUCAAGUUACUAAAGAUGAUAGUGAGAAAGGCCUACAAA